AUGGCGGCCAUUGCUCGGUUUCAUCUUCUCCACCCAUCUCCAUUCCCCAAAUCCUCAGCGAUCGUAUCAAAGUUUACUCGCCCGUCACCUUUCUUCACUGUUCACACCAACGAAGACGGCGCCCAUUCUCGCCGUCACGGGGGCCACCGCAAAAUUUCCACGACUUCACCUCUCCGAUCCAAUUCCGAGACUAGUAUUUCAAGCACUGAAUCCUGCCAAUCAAUAGUUGGCGACCUUCUUGACUACCUCAACGAGUCAUGGACUCAGUUUCAUGCUACUGCUGAAGCAAAACGACAACUUGUUGCUGCUGGGUUCCGAUUGCUGAAUGAGAAUGAAGAGUGGGAGCUGAAGCCUGGGGGACGAUAUGUUUUUACACGAAACAUGUCUUCAUUAAUUGCGUUUGCCAUUGGUGAAAAGUACACAGUUGGCAGUGGUUUUCAUGUGAUUGCUGCGCAUACCGAUAGCCCAUGCCUCAAACUAAAGCCAAAAUCUGCAUCAUCCAAAUCUGGGUAUCUUAUGGUUAACGUUCAAACUUAUGGUAGUGGUUUGUGGCACACUUGGUUCGAUAGAGACCUAAGUCUGGCUGGAAGGGUUAUUAUUAGAGCUGAUGAUGGUUCCUUUUCACAUAAACUAGUCAAGAUAAAACGUCCUUUGUUGCGAGUGCCUACACUUGCUAUUCAUCUUGACAGGGCAGUAAAUACUGAAGGGUUUAAACCGAAUCUUGAGACCCACCUCAUCCCUCUUUUAGCUGUGAAGGCUGACAAAACAUCCUCUGAGCUUGAUGCAAAAGCUAGUGCACCAUCUUCUGAAGAUUCUCACCACCACCAGUUGCUCAUGCAGAUCUUGUCAGAUGAGUUGGGCUGUAAUGUUCAAGAUAUUGCCAGCAUGGAAUUAAACGUCUGUGAUACCCAGGCCAGUUGCCUUGGAGGCGCUAAUGAUGAGUUCAUUUUUUCUGGAAGAUUAGAUAAUUUGGCUUCAAGUUUUUGUGCAUUGAGAGCUCUUGUUGAUGCCUGUACCUUACCUGAAGAUCUAGCUGAUGAAAACGCUAUUCGGAUGGUUGCAUUAUUUGAUAAUGAGGAGGUCGGUUCAGAUUCAUACCAGGGGGCUGGUGCACCAACAAUGUUUGAGGCAAUGAGACGAAUUAUUGCUUGUUUGGGUGAGCAGUCCGUAGGAGAAUGCGGCUUUGCGCGAACCAUUCGUCACUCUUUCCUUGUGUCAGCCGACAUGGCUCACGGAGUGCACCCUAAUUUUUCGGACAAACACGAAGAAAACCACAGGCCAGUGUUGCAAAAGGGACUUGUAAUAAAGCAUAAUGCUAAUCAACGGUAUGCUACAAGUGGAGUUACAUCUUUCCUCUUCAAAGAAGUUGCUAAAAUACACAAUCUUCCUAUUCAGGAAUUUGUUGUGAGAAAUGAUAUGGGGUGUGGGUCUACUAUAGGACCCAUACUGGCUUCGGGAGUUGGAAUUCGUACGGUUGAUUGUGGCAUACCUCAGCUAUCCAUGCAUAGUGUGAGGGAAGUAUGUGGGAAAGAAGAUGUGGAAAUUGCUUAUAGGCACUUCAAGGCAUUUUAUAAAACCUUCUCAAGUAUUGACAAGAAGCUGAGCGUGGAUUUCUAG